AUGCUUAGCCGAUUAUCACGUAGGAUUCUUUCCCGAUCACUGUCGUCGUCAAAAUCUCACAGCAAGGAUCUCCGUAACAUCACUCGAAUACCUCUAUCCACUCCUGUAGAAGGAGAAUUUGCCGUGAAAUCUCAGAAGGAUAUUGGCUAUGUCCCAUUUGAUGCGAAAUUGACGACACUGAAGUCGAAAAUACGGGUAGCAUCGGAACCAUUUUACGGCGAAUACUGUACGAUUGGAGUUGCCAUUGAAAGUGGAAGCCGCUAUGAGGCCGGUUACCCUCUUGGUACAUCGCACAUAGUGGAGAAACUAGCAUUUGGUGCAACAUCGCGGCAUUCUUCCAGAGAUGAGAUAUACGCUGUGCUACAGGAAAACGGUGGUUUGAUAGACUGUCAGAGUACGAGAGACACCUUUAUCUAUGCGGCAAGCUGUCAUAUAUCCGGUCUCGAUUCGGUCAUGGAAAUACUAGCAAAUGCUAUUUGGCGAGCUAAAAAUACUCCGGAAGAGUUGGAAGAAGCAAAGAUGAUUGUGCAAUAUGAAAACGAUGACAUGCCGAAGAAAAUUGAAAGUACGGAACCGUUACUUACCGACUGGAUCCAUAAGGCUGCUUUCCGUGACAAUACGCUAGGCUUCUCGAAAUACACAACCGAAAAGGCGCUACCGACUAUAACUGAGCAACACGUAAACUCGUACAUCUCUCAGUAUCAUGCCCCCGAACGAGUGGUAGUUGCUGGCGUUGGUGUAGACCAUGACGAACUUGUCGGUACUGUUGAACGAUAUUUUGUUCCUGGAACCGCCUCCUGGGAGAAGAAUCCUGCAAUUCUUCUUCCCAAACUGCCUCAACUUGAUCGCUCCGUUGCUCAGUACACUGGUGGUGAAGUGAGGAUAGAGAAAGACCUAUCUACUUUGGCCGUUGGCACUCCAUAUCCAAAUCUAGCUCAUAUCGCGCUAGGAUUUGAAGGAGUUGGAUACAGAGAUCCUGAUUUCGUUGCAUUUUGUGUGCUGCACAUGUUGUUAGGCGGUGGAGGUUCUUUCUCGGCUGGUGGCCCCGGAAAAGGAAUGUAUACGCGUCUGUACACUGACGUUAUGAAUAGAUGUCACUGGAUCUAUGGUGCAACAGCCUAUAAUCACUCUUACGCCGACGCUGGAUUGUUUUGUGUUCAUGCUAGUAGUGAUCCAGAACAGAUCAAUGACGUCCUUAUUGUUAUACUCGAACAGUUCUUCAAACUCACUAAAGGCGUGGAAGAAUCAGAACUACAGCGGGCUAAAAUCCAGCUUAAGUCGCAGUUGAUGAUGAAUCUUGAAGUUCGACCUGUGAUGUUCGAGGAUCUCGCUCGUCAAGUGAUUGGUCAUGGUUACAGGAGAAAACCUCAGGAAUAUUUAGAGAAAAUUGACGAAGUCACAGCCAAGGAUAUUCUACGAAUCGGAGAGCGAAUGUUAUCCGGACGACCGUCGUUGGUUGGAUACGGGGAUAUCGCUAAGCUUUCAAUAUAUAUAUUGAGAAAGGAUGAGAAUGUCAUUCAAAAUACACCGGAGGGCGACGAUGAACGUUUCAAUUCGAAGGCAGAGAUGACAGCGGCAAAGACUAAUGAUGGCGAUUCGGCUUAA